AGGGAGGGGAGGGGUGUGUGAGGACUUGAAAGCGCCGUCCAACACGUGAGGCUCAUGUGACGGAGCGGAGUCAGUGUCUCUUGUGGAGAGACGUGCCUGUAGUCACAGGGUUUAUUUAACACGUAGUCAGAAACCCACCCAGCUCUCACACUUGUUCCAGCCGGGCGUGGAGCUUCGAUCACAGACACACACACUCACACAGCAGCGGAGUCCGGACCUGAGGUGACAGCGCUGCGCGGCUCCCAACAACUCCAGCUCCGAGCGGGAACUCACCGACACGCACACACACACACAGGCUCUGGAUAACGGGAGAUACUUUUUGGAUUUUCGUGGCUGCAUUUGAAGGCUUUUUGAAGUCAUUCGGGGUUUGCAGUAAAACGACAUGGAGAGGAUUACGAGUGCGCAACCACCUCCCUGUGUACCCAAACACCCAUCACUGGAUAUAGCUGACAUGCCAGGAAUGGACUUUCCCAUCUAUGUAUACAAACCCAGGAGGGGCAUGAAGCGCGUGGAUGAGAGCAAGGAGACCUACAAGCUGCCACACCGACUGAUCGAAAAGAAAAGACGGGACAGAAUCAACGAAUGCAUCGCCCAACUGAAGGAUUUGUUGCCUGAACAUCUGAAGCUCACGACGCUGGGUCAUUUGGAGAAAGCCGUGGUCCUGGAGCUCACUCUCAAGCAUGUGAAAGCCCUGAGUACCCUCCUGGACCAGCAGCAGCAGAAAAUCAUGGCGCUGCAAAAGGACCUGCAAAUUAGUGAUCAUGGAGGUGAUGGUGCAGAGAACAGCGAGGAGAUGUUUCGCUCUGGGUUUCACUUGUGUGCAAAAGAGGUCCUGCACUAUCUGGCCAACCAAGAAAGCAGCAGGGACCUGACCGCUUCCCAUGUCAUCGGCCACAUCCAAAAAGUAGCAGCCGAAGUCCUGCAGCAUCAAAGCAGCCUGCAUCCAGAGGAGUCUGUCCCUCAAGCUACAGUGAAGGUGAAGCAAUCUGCAGGACAGCCCCCGCGGGCCUCCGAGGGCACCGCCAAGAACUGUGUUCCUGUCAUUCAGAGGACUUACCCCCACGGGACAGGGGAGCAAAGUGGAAGUGACACAGACACAGACAGCGGGUACGGGGGAGAGCGCGACCCCAAAGCCCAGUGGUCAGAAAGCCACGCGAGAGAGGGGGGACUCAAGCACGCUUCAUCUGAAUGUACGACCGGUGUCAUCAAGCAGGAGGGUGACGAGCCACAUGCCAAGAAGUCAAGGUCUGAUUCGACAGAGGACGAGAUCCCCGCCGGUCACACGGCAGGAGUCCCCGGCAGCUACAUGAGCUUCUCACCCAACCAGCCCCCGUUUUGCCUCCCCUUCUACCUCAUACCCCCAGCAGCUGCUGCAGCCGCAGCGUAUCUGCCCAUGCUGGAGAAAUGCUGGUACACAGGGGGCAUGCCGGUCAUGUACCCAGGCAUGAAUGUCUCCUCAGUGAGCCUACCCCUAGAAACACUUCCCUCAUCCUUGGUGAUGUCCUCAAGGGGAGGGUCUCCGGUCCCACACCACGCCGCCAUGGACUCCCCUGCUCUUCACAAAGCUUUAAAGCAGGUCCCUCCUUUGAACUUGGAAACCAAAGACUAAACAGAAGUCUUUCUGUUGGAACCUUGCCCUUCAAAUGUGGAACGGGGUUAAAUAGUCGGCUCAACUGAGAAGACUCUGAACUGGUUUCCCUUCAAACCACCGCUGUUGUUUGGCCCAUCAGAACACUGACCCCAGCAAAGAGCCCCAACUGGAAACCACCAUAUAUCAUCAGCUUCUCACACAUUCAAACAGGAUCUCUGGGGGCAACCUGCAGUGUCCAUGCAGAGGCUCGUAUAUUACCUGCUGCACGGCUCUGAAACACUGUGAACGUGAUCAGAUUAAAGCGUUUUUCUUUUUCCUGUUUCUAGCAAGGUUCGCCUUCUCCACGCACAUUGUUGAAUGUCAGAGGUAAACCCAGCGUGUAGGACACAGAUACACCAACCCCCUCCCAAAGAAACAUAUAUUUUAUUUGGACCUACUUUUUUACACACACAGCAGUCUGUAAUGAAUGUAAAGAUUGAACAAAAGCCCCAUGUAGAUGCUGCUUAAAUACCUGCUGUAGGUCUGUGAAUGGAGGAUCUACCCUCAGUGUUUUUCACUUCUGUAACUGCAACGAACCAUUGUUUAGACUAGAAUGUUACCAAAAAAAAAAAAGGAUGUCAACUAGACACGUCACACGAGAAGACUUCACUUCUCUCACCCUUAAAUUACCUUGGAGCUAAAUGAACACAAGUGUUCACGAUGUUCAAAGAAUGUCCAGGGCGUUGUUGGCGUGCAGGGCGUGUCACUCAUGUCUGUUGACGAUGCGGCCGUAUGUGCUUUUUUUAUGAUUUAAUCUGUGAGUCACGACUAUUUGUGCAUCUAGAUGGAUGUCCUGUGAAGUAAUGUCUUGUAAUAUGUUGUUGUUGUUUAUACUACUCAUACAUCUCUAUUUUUGAUACGUGACCCGCUGAGUGUAUCCGCAUUGCGAGAGGAAGGUGGAGGCAGUCUCUUUGCUGUACACGGCAACAGAACGUGUACAGUGUUUAGCGUAUGUGCGUCAUUGCCCGUAAAUUCCCAGUCAAGUUAAGGCCUGACCUUCUAGCUCAUGCUGUUGCCUUUACUCGUUUAAUGCAGACACAACGACAACAGGUGUUUGAACUGUAUUUGCUUUAAAUGUUGUGUCUGUGGCAAAGAGAGUGAAUGUAAAGUUCAAACUAAAAUAAUAGUUUUGUAUAGAUAGAGGUAUUUGGGAUUUAUUUUGAAAAAUGUAACACAAGGUUGUUUGUUGUACAUAUUUUGUAUAUAAAGUAUUAUUGAUAAAUAUUAAAAUAUUAAUAAAGCUUUUUUUCCCCCUC